CGUCCCCGGCGACAUGCUGGCAGAUAACCUCGUGGAGGAGUUCGAGAUAGAGGAUGAGCCCUGGUAUGACCACCGGGACCUCCAGCAAGAUCUCCAACUUGCUGCAGAACUCGGAAAGACGCUACUGGAUCGGAACACAGAGUUGGAGGAUUCUCUUCAGCAGACGUACACAACCAAUCAGGAGCAGUUACAGGAAAUUGAGUGCCUGACCAAGCAGGUGGAGCUUCUACGGCAAAUGAAUGAGCAGCAUGCAAAAGUUUAUGAGCAGUUAGAUGUUAGAGAACUGGAAGAAACCAACCAGAAGCUAGUUGCUGAGAGCAAGGCCUCACAGCAGAAAAUCCUGAGCCUGACAGAAACAAUUGAAUGCCUGCAAACCAACAUUGAUCACCUCCAGAGCCAAGUGGAGGAGCUGAAGUCUUCUAACCAAGGAAGAGGGAGGCAGAAGGCAUGUGACCAGGAGAGACCAGCACCAAGCUUCUCCUGUCUGAAAGAGCUGUACGACCUCCGCCAACACUUUGUAUAUGACCACGUGUUCGCUGAGAAGAUCACUUCCUUGCAGAGCCAGCAAAGCCCUGAUGAAGAAGAAAACGAGCACCUGAAAAAGGCAGUGACGAUGUUGCAGGCCCAGCUGAGUCUAGAGAGGAAGAAGCGAGUGAGCGUGGAGGCAGAGUAUAAAGUGGUGCUGAAGGAGAACAGCGAGCUGGAGCAGCAGCUGAGUGCCACAGAUGCCUACCGAGCCCGGGCACAGGAGUUGGAGGCAGAGGUGGCCGAGAUGCGGCAGAUGCUGCAGGCGGAGCAUCCUUUUGUGAAUGGUGUUGAGAAGCUGGUACCCGACUCCCUGUUUGUUCCUUUCAAGGAGCCCAGCCAGAGUCUGCUGGAGGAAAUGUUCCUGGCUGCUCCAGAAGCACAUAGAAAACCACUCAAACGCAGCAGCAGUGAGACGGUGCUCAGCAGCCUGGCGGGGGAUGACAUCGGGAAGGACCACGAGGACACUUGCAUCAGGAGAGCUAAGGCUGUGAAGCAGAAGGGCAUCUCCCUUCUGCACGAAGUGGACACUCAGUACAGCGCCCUGAAAGUGAAGUAUGAAGAGCUCCUGAGGAAGUGCCAGCAGGAGCAGGACUCACUGUCACACAAGGCAGCGCAGACCUCCAGACUACUGACGAGGGACCUGACGGGGCUGGUCCCACAGUCUAAGGCCGGGGCCAGUGGUUAGGAACCCACCCCUGUAAGCCCAGAGCCCAUCAGUUCCCCCACCACUACACCUCCAGAAUACAAAGCACUAUUUAAGGAGAUAUUUAGUUUCAUCAAGAAAACAAAGCAGGAAAUAGAUGAACAGAGAACAAAAUACCCAUCUCUCUCCCCUUACUCGUAAUGAGACCUCCAGUUGUAACCGCCUGUUCUCUCU